AUGAAUUCUGAGUUAAUGCAUAGUGUAGUAGGAAGCUAUCUUAAACCUCCAGAAAGAAUGUUUGUUCCAUCAUUCACCCAGAAUGAAUCAUCUCAGAAUCGCCAACCUAUGAACUUAGAAGUUACUUCUUCUAAAGUGUUUCAUAGCCCAAAUAGCCAAGCUCUUAUUUUAGCCUUAAAAACUCUUCAGGAAAAGAUUCAUCGUUUAGAGCUAGAGAGAACACAAGCUGAAGAUAAUCUGAACAUUCUUUCCAGAGAAGCAGCACAGUAUAAAAAGGCCUUGGAGAAUGAAACAAAUGAGAGAAAUCUGGCACAUCAGGAACUGAUAAAGCAGAAAAAAGAAAUAAGUAUGCAGUUAAGCUCAGCCCAGUCUCGUUGUACCCUUCUAGAGAAACAACUAGAAUAUACAAAGAGAAUGGUUCUCAAUGUAGAGCGAGAAAAGAAUAUGAUCCUAGAACAACAGGCCCAGCUUCAAAGAGAAAAAGAACAAGAUCAGAUGAGGCUGCACGCAAAACUUGAAAAGCUUGACGUCUUAGAAAAAGAGUGUUUCAGACUUACAGCAACUCAGAAAGCUGCUGAGGACAAGAUUAAACAUUUAGAGGAAAAACUUACAGAAGAAGAACAUCAACGUAAGCUAUUUCAAGACAAAGCUUCUGAGCUUCAAACUGGACUUGAAAUCAAUAGAAUUUUAAUGUCAUCAGUUUCAAAUCCAAAACAGUCCAAGGAAAAGAAGAAAUCUUCAAAGAAAACUAAAUGUUUAAAGAGAGGACCACCUCAGCAAAUUUAUUCAAAAUUUGGAGCACUGCCUUUUGUGUCUGAAAAGAUGAUGCAGCAUUGUGGCCCACAUAUCCUUCAGAAACCUUCUGAAGUGACUGAGCCUAGAUGUUUCUACAAGCCUAUUAGAAAAACUUCCCAGUGUAAAGCUGUACCUUCUGACUCAGAAAAGUCCGUUUCCAUUUGUGACAAUUUGUCCGAACUUUUAAUGGCAAUGCAGGAUGAGCUGGACCAAAUGAGUGUGGAGCAUCAAGAACUACUGAAACAAAUGAAGGAAACCGAAAGCUAUUCAGUCUGUGAUGACAUAGAAUGUGAACUAGAACGUUUAGUCAAGAAAAUGGAAAUUAAAGGAGAACAAAUUUCCAAACUGAAGAAGCAUCAAGACAGUGUAAGAAGGCUUUGGUCCGUAAACUGCAGCAAAAAGUUCAAAACUCAAAGAUGAGUGAAGCUUCAGGUAUUCAGCGAGAAGACAUCUACCCUAAAGGAUCAAAGAACAUAAAAAAUAGCCCCAGAAAAUGUUUGAAUGAAACUAACGCUUUUCAGAAAAACAACAACUUUCAUCCAAUACGAGUUCAUAAUCUUCAAGUGAAAUUGAGGAGAGAUGAUAUCAUGUGGGAACAGUAACACAAUAGCAAAACUGUCACCUUAAAUGAACGUUGUCAAUGAGAUCUUGAAUUGUGUAAAGCGGUUUUAAUUUAAUAUACCUUUGUGAAAUUUUGAAUUAUGUUUCUAGCCUCUAUAAAACAUGUAGUAUUUUUAAAUUAAUACCUAAUGACCUACUAAGAAUCCCAAAUAAUAAAUGGUUGCUUUUUU